AGGAGAGCCGGGCCUCACUCCAGCCUCCGCACUUUCUCCGAGCACUUUCCCCUCAGCGGUUCCUCUCCUUCCUUUCCCAGGGCCCCAACCUAUUUCCCUUUCUUACGCCAGCGGCAGCUCAAGGGGCUGCCCCUCCGGAUCACAUGGGCCAGCGGUCACGUGCUGCGCUGGGUCACGAGCCAAGGAGGGCGCAGGACGCCGCGGCGUCUGGGGGAGCUGGUCGCGGCCCCGUGCGCGCUCUCGCGAGAUCCGAGGUGUCACGUGACCACCGGGCGCGGCGCCGCUCACGUGCCUGGCGCUGCCGGCCGCGGGGUCUCUUUGGAGCCGGCGCCGCAGCGGUCGGGCCUUCUAGAGUCGGUGGAGUCCGCCGCCGCCAUUCAUAGCGCCCCGGCCCCGCGCCUCUCCUGCCUUCGUCCCCGGCCGUGCGCGACCCAACCGCCGUCCGCCCGGCCCUCGCACCGGCCUCGGCCGCCUCGCGCCAUGGCGGUCCCCGGCGGCGCCCGGCGGCCGCUGCUCCUGUUGCUACUCGGCCUCCUGCACAGUGCACUGGCAAUAUUUGAGGUGAAAAAUGGCAACGGGUCAGUUUGCAUAAUGGCCGACUUCUCAGCUGCCUUCCAGAUGAACUAUGACACUAAGAGCGGCUCAAAGAAUAUAACCUUUAACCUGCCACCAACUGCAAAAGUGUUAAACAGCAGCAGCUCUUGUGGUAAAGAGAACACUUCUGACCCCCGUCUUGUGAUUGCUUUUGGAGGAGGACAUAAACUGACUUUCAAUUUCACAAGAGAUGCAGACCACUACAGUGUUCAGCGCCUGAGUUUUGUGUAUAACUUGUCAGACACACAUAUUUUCCCCAAUGCAAGCUUCAAGGAUGCCAAGACUGUGGAAUCCGUAACUGACAUCAAGGCAGACAUAGAUAAAAAAUACAGAUGUGUUAAAGGCACGCAGGUGCACAUGGGCAAUGUGACCCUCACUCUCCGUGAGGCCACCAUCCAAGCAUACCUUUCCAACAACAACUUCAGCAAGGGAGAGACACGCUGUAAGCAGGAUGGUCCUUUCCCGACCACAGCACCACCUGUGCCACCCAGCCCCUCGCCCUCGCCAGAACCUGAGAGCCCCUCAGUGGAAAAGUACAACGUGAGUGGCAGCAACGGGACCUGCCUGCUGGCCAGCAUGGGGCUGCAGCUGAACCUCACCUACGAGCGGAAGGACAACAAGACUGUGACUCGAGUGUUCAACGUCAACCCGAACAAGACCUGGGCCAAUGGGACUUGUAGCUCCAGUCAAGUGACCCUGGACCUGCGGAGUGAGGACAUUGCCCUCCUGGUCUUCCAGUUUGGGAUGAAUGCAAGUUCUAGCCGGUUUUUCCUGCAAGAAAUCCAGUUGAACAUGACUCUUGCCGACGCUCGAGACCCCCACUUCAGAGCUUCCAAUGGCUCGCUCAUGGCGCUACAGGCCACCCUGGGCAAUUCCUACAAGUGCAAUGCCCAGGAGCAUGUUCAGGUCACGAAGGCAUUUUCUGUCAAUAUCUUCAAAGUCUGGGUCCAGGCCUUCAAGGUGGAAGAUGGCAAGUUUGGAUCUGUGGAGGAGUGUCUGCUGGAUGAGGAUAGCAUGCUGAUCCCAGUGGCCGUGGGGGGCGCCCUGGCCGGGCUGGUCCUAACAGUGCUCAUCGCCUACCUCGUUGGCCGGAAGAGGAGCCACGCCGGCUAUCAGACAAUUUAGGCUGCUGCUUGCACAGAUGCGGCAGCCGCAGGGUCUGUAUUCCCCUGGGCUGAGGGCGUGUUGGCGGGAGGCACACUGUUGUUCAAAUCUGCUUUAUCAAAUGUGAAGUUCAUCUUGCAACAUUUACUAUGCACAAAAGAGUAACUAUUGAAAUGACGGUGUUAAUUUUGCUAACUGGGUUAAAUAUUUUGCUAACUGGUUAAAUGUUAAUAUUUACCAAAGUAGAACUUGAGGGAGAGAAGAGUGCUUUUCUCAGCCGGCUCUGGCUGCACUAUCAUUUGACACUUUACGAUUCUGGUGUUUGGUUCUUCACUCUUUACUCAGAUUUAAGCCUCACAAGGGACAUUCUCUGGUCCUCACGCUUAGGACCUGUGAAGGUUGGCUAAUUGUUAGGCUGAUGCGCUUAAGAAAUUAAAAAUAGUAGGGACGAAAAAUCUUGAAACAGAAGUACUUCAAAAGAUGAACAUCUGGAAUGCUUAAAUUAAGCUUUAAGGCCAGGAGGGGCUGGCCCUGGGUGGCAGCAAGGGGGUGUUGGGAAGGCACUCUGUGUGUCCUCUGGUGUCUCCAUCUUGCCACUCAAGAGCUGGCACUUUUUUAAAUAUAAAAAUAGGUGUUGUUUUUAUUUACUUUUUUUGUAAAGUGGUUUUCAGUCUUCUGUUUGGCAUUCAGGGUGAUCCCUUUCUGCGCUGUGUACAAUGAUAGAUAAUUCACUCCUGAUUUACCUGCUGUGGCUUGGGUGGGUUGUACACUGAGGACCGGCUCCAUGUGACGCGUUGCCUGUAACAAUGCUAAUAAAAACCUGUCUUUUUGUCUA